UUGAGGCUCGAACCUCAUUUUCAGAUACGCAAAGUUUUGAUCCAUCAUCUGAUCAAAUCGACACACAUACGUUCAUUCAGCUUUAAAGGCCGAGUGCGACUUCUUCGCUUGCUGGAAAAUGAUGACAACUCAGUCAUUAGACUCAUGUUAUCGAAAUUAGUUGUCCCAAAAUGGCUUGAGAAUUGUCAUGAAGGAAUAGAUACGUUGGAAGACAAGUCUAUAGCUAGGAAAUUUUUUGGGAAUCGAGCUGUUGCAUUUCCUUUCAAAUUGCUGCAGUACAUUGAUCCAUUAGCAGAAGAGGAUAUAAGCCUCAAAGUGAUGUCUUUCGCCUUAACAUACCAUAUGAGCUAUGUUUCACAAAAGAAAGAAGCUGGCGAAGAGUAUCUGGAAUACCUUAUGGAAAUACCUGCAAACCGUCGAGAAGCACUCGCAGUACUUCAUGCUCAUUCUCUUCCUGGGGAGCUAAAGAGACAUAAAGGAAAAGAUAUCUAUCUUCGUCUUUUUUUCCAUCGAUGUGUCACUGCGCAUUUGUGUUCCCUUUAUGCCAAACCGGAACAGUACACCGUCCUCGAUAAGAUUCUGCAUAAGCUUCUACCCCCUAUUCAGGAUUUAGCGGAGGAAGCUUGGCGCAAAGUGCUGUACCAGAUAGCUGCAGAUCCUAAUAUCUAUCCAAGUCCAGCUCUUGUAGAGUUCGCUGUGCGAGAAGUGUUAGAGCAACUGGAUCAGCCGACUGGGCGCUAUGAAGUAAGAUAA